GCCAGUUUGUCCCUAGGCCAUCAGCGAUCGAAAGCGAAAGGAACUGCGUUCGGUGUGCGCGAGGCUGGAUCAAAGAAGACUGGAAACAUGUCGGAGUUUUGGUUAAUUUCUGCCCCCGGAGAUAAGGAAAAUUUACAAGCCCUGGAGAGGAUGAACACAGUUACCUCCAAGUCCAACCUGUCUUAUAACACCAAAUUCACAAUUCCUGACUUCAAGGUGGGGACCUUGGAUUCCCUUGUCGGCCUCUCUGAUGAGCUGGCGAAGCUCGAUAUCUUUGCUGAAAGUCUCAUAAGGAGAAUGGCCCAGAGCGUGGUGGAAGUGAUGGAAGACGCCAAGGGGAAGGUCCAGGAGAACCUUCUGGCCAACGGAGGUUUGAAAGAAAAAAUGAAGUGUUUAAAGAUUGACCUAACGUCCUUUGUGACCCACUUUGAAUGGGACAUGGCCAAGUAUCCUGCAAAGCAGCCGCUGGUGAGCGUGGUGGACACUCUGGCAAAGCAACUGGCACAGAUCGAGACAGACCUGAAGUCCCGAACGGCUGCCUACAACACUCUGAAGACAAACCUAGAGAACCUGGAGAAGAAAUCCAUGGGAAACCUCUUCACUCGGACCCUGAGCGACAUUGUGAGCAAAGAAGACUUCGUGCUGGAUUCCGAGUACCUGAUCACGCUGUUGGUCAUUGUCCCCAAACCAAGUUACGUACAAUGGCAAAAAACCUACGAAUCCCUCUCAGACAUGGUCGUCCCACGGUCAACCAAGUUGAUCGCUGAGGACAAGGAGGGCGGCCUCUUCACCGUGACUCUGUUUCGAAAAGUGAUCGAUGAUUUCAAAACCAAAGCCAAAGAGAAUAAGUUCACUGUACGAGAAUUUUACUAUGAUGAAAAAGAAAUUAAAAGGGAAAGGGAAGAGAUGACCCGAUUGCUGUCGGAUAAGAAGCAACAAUAUCAAACUUCCUGUGUUGCUCUUAAAAAGGGAUCAUCCACCUUCCCGGACCACAAGGUUAAGGUAACCCCGCUAGGGAACCCCGAUAGGCCUGCUGCGGGGCAGAGCGACAGAGAGAGAGAGAGUGAGGGCGAGGGUGAGGUAAGCAACCCCCCCCCCGGGAGCCCUGGGGUUCCCCGGCUCGCAGGUCCUCGCCCGCACGCGCAGGCACCUUUGGGAGAAAACAAAUCCUCGCCUUUCCUGUUACCUACUGUGGCUUUCGAGGUCUUAAAUUCAAGGACCCCCAGAAUCACGCUUCCUCCCGAUCCGCAGGGCCUCUUGGGAGCUGCCCUCCCCUCCCCCAGCAGUGAUGGGUGCUUGCUGGCCAGGGUGCCUUGGUUCUGGCUGGAGGUGGCUGGAGCUGGUGAUGGGGCACAUCCUGGCUGGGGGCGGGGGGGUGGUGGUGCUCGGGCAUCUCAGCUGUCUUCCCUGGGUGCCCUGGCUGGACCCACCCCUGACCUUUGCAGACAUCCGUGGAGGACGGCCACGCCAGCAUUAGUGAUAGCUGCUGUGGCUGAGGCACUGAGGCCACGUGAAGUGGGGCCGUGAGGAGACCCCUGGAAGCGGUGCUGGUGGAUGAUGCCAGGACCUGGCAGAAGGGGGACUCCUUGGCAGCGCAGUGUCAGAUGGAGAAGCCUGCUAGCGCCUGCGGAGAGCCCCGGGUCAGGGGCUACCC